CCUGUCUACUAAGUCUGCAACAGCCAAAACUCUAUUGUUACCACAAAGCAUCCCAAGCCUAGAAACCGAAAACGCAAAUUACUACCCAGUCAAAACGCGAUCCAGAUAAACAAUAUGCCCAUCGGACAAAAUGAAAGUGGUGUUACCUCUGGUGUGAAGUUUGUAACCUCUACCGUUGGAAACACUGUUGGGGGUGUCACAAACACUUUGGGUGGCGUAGUUGGUGCCCUAGGGAGAGGCGUUGGUGAGACGGUUGAGGGCGCCACAGGCAGUGCUGGCCGGCCCGUCGCCAGGGGCCUCGCAGAUGUAGCUACGAGCAUUGAAAAGGGCGCAAACGAUGUCGCAGGAGGUGUGAAACGUGCUGGCGAAGGAAAAUAGAUUGAGCGGGCUUGAACAAUGCGGGGGAAGCGAAGGCUGGAAAAUGGACCCAGCAAGUGGACCAUGACACCAGAUUGAUUCUCUUUUUUUGGUUGGCAUAAAUUGAGACUAAUGUUCGAUACCCCAAACAGCUCAUAGUGUGUCUAUUGGUACGGCGCAGUCAUCGCGCGUUUAACCUAGAGGUGUUGGUGUGACACCGGCGUGAGAUGCUAACGUGCCAAUAUACUAACCGCAGUCAGUUCCAUGAAUACUCAGU